ACUUCCGGUAGCGUUGACCUCAGUGGAGCGAACAGAUGAUUUAACUCACGCUUGCGGCGAAUGUGAUGGUUUUACAGAGAAUGUGCGUGAUGAGGGGCGGCCUGUGCAGUCUCCUCCAGCAGCAGCUCUUCCACAGAUGCUGUCCAGCUGUUUCUGGAUUUCACACAUCAGCCAGAGGUUCGAAUUCCAACAGGAUGUCAGUUGUCCGUUGUGGGAGACCCAAGUUCGAGAGGACAUACCCAGUCCUCCUGGUGCGUCCCGAUGGAUCCACCAUCAACAUCAGGUACAAGGAGCCCAAGAGAGUCUUGCUGAUGCCAGUGGAUCUUUCAAACCUUUCUGAGGAGGAGAGGAAGGCUCGGCUUCGGAAGCGUGAACAGAAGGAGGCAGACCUCAAGCCUGAAGUGGAGGAGUUUGAAGAUGAUUUCAAAGUUGAUGAUUAUAGCAAGUUUUGGAAGAAAUGAUUUUUUUGGGGACACUGAGAUUUUUGAAAGUGAGAUUUGUCAGUCUUUUAAUAUUGUUGGAGAUGUUAACAUUAAUAAACCAGGUUUUAACUAA